CUCAUGCUACGGGCUUCUACGACGUUGGGUGAUUGUUCAUUAGUGUUGCUGAACUGUGCAAAUCUCGUCAGGUACCGCGGUUGUCAGGAGCGACCCGGCGCCCGCGCCCGCCCCCGCCCCCGCCCCCGCCAUGGACGACUCCGGCGGCAUCACCCUCAACAUCUCGUCCGCACCGGUCGCGCCGGCCAAGAAGAAAGCCGCCAAGCGACCCCCAGCUCCAGUCUCGUGGACUGCCGGGGCUCCCGGAACUUCAGAGUCCUCUAUAACCGCCGUGAGCUCUCAUUCCACCAAGAAAAAGGCGUUAACAGCGCGCCGACGCGACACCAACAAAGAUGGCGGCCGACGCGACUUCAAACAAGAUGGCAGCCGACGCGACGCCAAACAAGAUGGCGGCCGCGUCGCGGGCAACAAACCGGUGCUGGCGUCACUGUUCUCUCACAAUCCGGCCGUGCCGGAGCUGGGACUACCGGCGAGUGAGCCGGCCGUGGCGGACGUGUUCUCCGGACAGAACUUCUCCGACCUGCAGCUACACCCUCACCUGGUGGCGAACGUGACCAAGGCGCUGGGCGGCGCCGAGAUGACGCGCGUGCAGCAGCGGGCGCUGCCGGCCGUGCUGGCCGGCGGCGACUGUCUGGUGCGCUCACAGACCGGCAGCGGCAAGACGCUGGCCUACCUGCUGCCCGUCAUACAGGGUCUGCAGGCCAUCUCGCCGCCGGUGACGCGCGAGUCGGGCCUGUUCGCGCUGGUGAUCGUGCCCACCCGGGAGCUCGCGCUGCAGACACACAACUGCGCCGUCUCGCUGAUGAAGGCUUUCGUGCGCCUGGUGCCCGGCUAUCUGACGGGCGGCGAGAAGACGCUAGCCGAGAAGCGACGGCUGCGGCGCGGCCUGAAUCUGCUCGUGGCCACGCCCGGCCGCCUGCUGGCGCACGUGGCUAGCUCGCGCAACCUGCGGCUGGGCGCGCUCCGCUGGCUCGUGCUCGACGAGGCGGACCUGCUGCUCGACAUGGGAUACGAGAAACACGUGCGCAGUGUGAUCGAGGCCAUCCGAGAGCAGAGGGCCGAGCGGACGGCCGGCCGGCUGCAGACCGUCCUGUUGUCUGCCACGCUCGACGACCGCGUCCAGAAGCUCGCCGGACUGAGUCUAAGCGAGCCGACGUUUAUUGACGUUACAUCGGCGGGUGGCGACAUCUCGGGAGCGGAGGGCGAACUAGUGACUCCCGGCCAGCUCCGCCAGUUCGUGGCGAUCGUGCCCGCCAAGCUGAGAAUGGUGGCGCUCGCGGCCUUCAUUCUCUGGAAGUGCUCGCGGCGAGACGAGGGCAAGCUGGUGGUGUUCAUGAACACGCAGGACAUGGUGGACUACCACGCGGCGCUGCUGGAGACGUGUCUGCCGGGCCGCGGGCCGGCCGACCUGCGGUUCUUCAGGCUGCACGGCAGCAUGACACAGGCGGACCGGACCGGGGUGUUCACCGAGUUCCGCACGGCCCGCGCCGGGGUGCUAAUCUGCACGGACGUGGCGGCGCGCGGGGUGGACCUGCCGCACGUGCACUGGAUCGUGCAGCACACGCCGCCGUGCCGGCCGGCCGACUACGUGCACCGGGUGGGGAGGACGGCGCGCGCCGGCGGCGGCGGUGCUGCCAUCUGUCUGCUGACGCCGGCGGAGGCGGGGCUGGUGGACGUGCUGCGGAAGGGCGGGCUCAGUGUCUCCGACCUGAGCCUGGAGGCGAUCCUGGGCUCGCUGGUGUCGCCGUCUGCGCGCCGACCGGGCAGCGUCGAGGCCGCCGCCACUCAGCUGCAGCUCACACUGGAGGAGGCCGUGGCGCAGGACCGCCAGCUGCUCGACAUGGCGCGGAAAGCGUUCACCUCGCUGACGCGGGCGUACGCCACGUACCCGGCCGAGAUGAAGAGCAUGCUGUCGGUGCGCACCCUGCACCUGGGCCACUACGCCAAGAGCCUGUGCCUGCGCGAGGCGCCCAGCGCCGUCGGCAAGUGGCGGGAGGAGGUGCCGUCCGGACGCCGGACGCAGCGCGGCGAGAAGCGGUCGGCGGGCGCCGCCGCCGGCCGGCCCCGGGUCAAGAUCCCACACCCCUCCGACCUAGCUGAGUUCCAGAGCGGCCUCGACGACGGCGGUGCGGCCCGCAAACCGCGCAAGAAGAAACCGAAGACCGCGUGAGCGCCGCCGGGUGGCGGGCGGGCACGUGACUGUGGCCGGUGGUCGUGGCGGAUCUGAUGGAGCGGUCACGUGACCGCGGACGAUCACUUGCGGAGCUGAGACGGGUCGCACGACUACGGCUGGUCUCCUUGUUGGAAGCUGCGGGCGGCGUCACGUGGCCACGCGAAAAGAACUCGCCGUCGACGACAGAUGCUCGCGUUUUCGACUUCCACGCAGGGCUCGCGCGAGGGAGACGGGUUCUGUGUUGAAAGUGAGUAGAGAGGGCGUCGCGGGUCCGCAUCGGUCAGCGGCGGUAGCGACCGGACCGGAAUGAAUGUCGAGGACCGCAUCAGGACCGCUGCAGGACCGCUGCAGGACCACCGCAGGCUCCUAGACGGAAGAGUGACGAGCCUACGCUGCGGCAGCCCGGGCCCAUUGAGGAUGCCUGGCACUGCUGAUCGGCUGGCGGCCGGGGUGGGGACAGCCGGGGCGCCGCUACGGUGGUGAGAGAGCGCAGGUCUGGCCUGGCCGCCGUCGAGUGGAGCGGAGACUCCGGCGGAUAAUGUGGAUAAGUGGGGAGGGGGCCACCCGUAGUGCGACACCAUGUUGUUAUUGUCGGGAUCAGGCGUGCGUGCUGGCUGUGGGGAGUUUUUGUGCUGGAGGGUUUCACAUGUCAGUGUACAUUUACAUUCGUCCACGAAUCGUUGUGAAAUACAACAUAUAGAUCUUG